GCCUGGGCGGGGGGCGCCGUGUGCGUGCGCUCCUUCUCCAGCCUUCCCGUCUGCGAGCCCCGCCGCCGCUCUCCUUCGCCCGGGCGGCUCGCACGCAGCGCACACCCCAAGCAGGCAGCUGGAUGGGUUGCAACAAUGCUUGGGCCCUGGAGAUUUCAGGCUCAGAGUUAAAAUGUAUGCUUGCUGCUCUACAGUAACUUUGGAACAGGACCCCAACAAAAAAAUGCAUAUCUGGAUGCUGCAGACGAUAGCGGUUGCUUUAACAUCGCUAGUCCUGUCGUGGGCAGAAAGCAUCGAGUAUUAUGGGGAAAUCUGCGAUAAGGCGUGUCCUUGCGAGGAAAAGGACAGCAUCUUAACGGUGAGCUGUGAAAACAGAGGGAUCAUCAGCCUUUUCGAGAUCAGCCCACCAAGAUUCCCUGUCUAUCACCUCUUGUUAUCUGGGAACCUUUUGAACAGACUCUACCCAAACCAGUUUGUUAAUUACACUGGGGCUUCGAUUUUGCAUCUAGGGAGCAAUGACAUACAAGACAUCGAAACGGGGGCCUUUCAUGGUCUGCGGGGCUUAAGGAGGCUGCACCUGAACAAUAACAAGCUGGAACUAUUAAGGGAUGACACUUUCCUUGGUCUGGAGAGUUUGGAGUAUCUACAAGUCGAUUAUAAUUACAUCAGCACUAUUGAACCCAAUGCUUUCAGCAAACUGCAUUUGCUGCAGGUGCUGAUCCUCAAUGAUAACCUCCUCUCCAGUUUGCCCAACAACCUUUUCCGUUUUGUGCCCUUAACUCACCUGGACUUGAGGGGUAACCGGCUGAAGCUGCUGCCCUACCUGGGCCUUUUGCAGCACAUGGAUAAAGUGGUGGAGCUGCAGCUGGAGGAGAACCCAUGGAAUUGCUCUUGCGAGUUGAUCGCUCUGAAGGAUUGGCUAGACAGUAUCUCCUACUCGGCUCUGGUGGGGGACGUGGUUUGUGAAACCCCUUUCCGCUUGCACGGCCGAGACUUGGAUGAAGUCUCCAAGCAGGAGCUUUGCCCUAGGAGACUCAUCUCGGAUUAUGAAAUGCGACCGCAGACACCUUUGAGCACCACAGGGUAUUUCCACACUACCCCGGCCUCGGUCAACUCCGUGGCCACUUCUUCCUCGGCUGUUUACAAAUCCCCCUUGAAGCCCCCUAAAGGGACCCGUCAACCAAACAAAACUAGGGUGCGUCCCACCUCCCGCCUGCCCUCCAAAGACCUGGGAUACAGCAAUUACGGCCCCAGCAUCGCCUACCAGACCAAAUCCCCGGUGCCUUUGGAGUGUCCCACCGCCUGCACUUGCAACCUGCAGAUAUCCGACCUGGGCCUCAAUGUCAAUUGCCAGGAGAGGAAGAUCGAAAGUAUCUCCGAGCUACAGCCCAAACCCUACAACCCCAAGAAGAUGUAUCUGACCGAGAACUACAUCGCCCUGGUGCGCAGGGCGGAUUUUCUCGACGCCACCGGGCUGGAUUUGUUGCACCUGGGCAACAACCGGAUCUCGGUUAUUCAGGACCGGGCCUUUGGGGAUCUAACUAAUUUGAGAAGACUCUACCUGAACGGGAACCGGAUCGAGCGGCUGAGUCCGGAGCUGUUCUACGGGCUGCAGAACCUGCAGUACCUCUUCCUGCAGUACAACAUCAUCCGGGACAUCGAGGCGGGAACCUUUGAGUCAGUCCCCAACCUCCAGCUCUUGUUUUUGAACAACAACCUGCUGAGAUCUUUGCCCGCCAGCAUUUUUUCCGGCCUGACUCUCUACAGGCUGAGCCUGAGGAGCAACCACUUCUCCUACCUGCCAGUGAGCGGGGUGCUGGACCAGCUGAAAUCCCUGCUGCAGAUCGACCUGCACGAGAACCCCUGGGAUUGCACCUGCGACGUGGUGGGCAUGAAGCUGUGGCUGGAGCAGCUCAACACCGGGGUGCUGGUGGACCAGGUCAUCUGCGAGUCCCCCAAGAAGUUCGCCCAGAGCGACAUGCGGACCAUCAGGUCGGAGCUGCUGUGCCCGGACUACUCGGACAUCAUCGUCUCCACCCCUACCCCCUCCUCCAUCCAGCUGCCGGGCGGGACCACCCUUUUCUCCUCCACCGUGCGGCUCAACAGCACGGGCGCGGCGGGGGGCGCGGCGCCCUCGGGCGGCGGGGGCGGACCCCCCUCGUCGUCGGUGCCGCUGUCGGUGCUGAUCCUGAGCCUGCUGCUGGUGUUCAUCAUGUCGGUGUUCGUGGCGGCGGGGCUCUUCGUGCUGGUGAUGAAGCGCCGGAAGAAGGGCCAGGGCGACCCGGCCAGCGCCAACAACUCCGACGUGAGCUCCUUCAACAUGCAGUACAGCGUCUACGGCAGCGGCCACCACCACCACCCGGCGCCGCAGCCGCCCCGCCACCCGCGCGGCGGCGGCCCGGCCCUGCCCAAGGUGAAGACCCCCGCCGGCCACGUGUACGAGUACAUCCCGCACCCGCUGGGCCACAUGUGCAAGAACCCCAUCUACCGCUCCCGGGAGGGCAACGCGGGCGAGGAUUACAAAGACCUGCACGAGCUCAAGGUCACCUACAGCAACCACCACUUGCAGCAAGGGCCGCCGCCCCCGCCGCCCCCGGGGGGGGAGGAGGAGCCCCUGCGGAGCCCCACUUACAGCGUCAGCACCAUCGAGCCCCGGGAAGAGCUGCUCUCCCCGGUGCAAGACGCCGAUCGCUUUUACCGGGGCAUUUUGGAGCCCGACAAACACUCCUCCUCCUCGCUGGGCACCCCCGGCAAUAAUCUCCCCGAUUACCCCAAGUUCCCCGCCGCCUACACCUACACCCCCAACUAUGACCUUAUGCGGCCCCAUCAGUACUUGCACCCCGGGGCGGGGGACAGCAGGCUCCGGGAGACGGUGCUCUACAGCCCCCCGAGUACUGUCUAUGUAGAGCCCAACAGGAACGAGUAUCUGGAGUUAAAAGCAAAACUAAACGCAGAGCCGGACUACCUCGAAGUGCUGGAAAAACAGACCACAUUCAGCCAGUUCUGAGAAAUCCCUCCCUCCCCCCAACAACCACAGCGACUCCUCCUCCUUCUCUAGAGUAUUUGUAUUUAACAACCACACACAAAAGAAAGAAACACAAAUGCUGAACCCCUUCCCUCCCCCCUCUAACUCAUUUUGUUGUAGGGUGAAGUGCCUUGGCACAGGAUUUUCAGCUUCGGGGAAUGAUACUGAAAGGGUGUGCUGUUUCAUUUUUAUUUUUACAAGUAGGAAACAAUCUAUGGUGUAAACUGGGCACAACACUUGCUCUUGUGUGUUUGUGUGUCUGUGUGUUGGGGAGGGGGGAAAGAGGGUUUACUUAGGUUGGAUUGUGCGGGUUACAAGUACAAAAGUUAUAGUCACUAUCAUUUUGUUGGACAGGCAUUGCUUAAUUUU